AUGGCCAUCUCAAAGGCUACCGAUAUCAUCUAUCCAGUAUCGCUUCAACGAACCCCUUCAGCAGAUCAAGCAGUGAUGGAUUACACCACGACGGACAGCCGGGAUAUUGCCUUCGCAGAGAUGAGAGCAGCUCCAAGUCCUGCAGGACUGACGACUUGGCAUAAGGGUGGUACUGACCCCAACGCACCGGAUCAUCUCACGGUCGAUCUGAAGGGUCCCAACGGAAAUCAUAUCACGACUAAGCACAUCAAUAGAGAUGGGAAGGCAUGUUAA